UGCUUUAUCAAUAUAAACUAUUGGUAUUUGGGAGUACCAGAACUGGGGACCAAUUACCUGUCAAGCGUUUUAUAAACCAGUGACAUAAACUGCUAUUCCAUUGUUCUCACCCUCCAUCUCACCUUGGAACUUGGAUUACUUAUGGCAUUCAGGAGGCAAGUGAAAAACUUUGUGAAAAAUUACUCCGAUGCUGAAAUAAAAGUCAGGGAAGCAACUUCUAAUGACCCUUGGGGUCCCUCUAGUUCUCUGAUGUUAGAUAUCAGUGACUUGACUUUCAACACAAUUUCUCUCUCAGAGAUUAUGAAUAUGCUAUGGCACAGACUCAGUGACCAUGGGAAGAACUGGCGCCAUGUGUAUAAAUCCCUUACGCUAAUGGAUUAUCUCAUCAAGAAUGGAUCAAAGAAAGUUAUUCAGCAUUGCAGAGAGGGGUUCUGUAACCUUCAAACACUGAAGGAUUUUCAGCAUAUAGAUGAAGCUGGAAAAGACCAAGGUUACUAUAUCCGGGAAAAAUCUAAGCAAGUCAUCACAUUGCUGAUGGAUGAACAGCUGCUGUGUAAAGAGAGGGAAGUGGCGUGUCGGACUAGGCAGCGUACCUCCUACUCCACAUGGUUUUCUAAAAGAGUGUUUGGUUCAAGUAGCUCACUGAUAGCGUGUGCUUCUGCCCCCACACCAGAUAUUUCUGCUUCAGGGAAGAAGUAUAAGCUUCCUAAGUUUGGAAGGCUACAUAAUAAAAAAAACAUGUGCAAGGCAGGAUUGAAACAAGAGCAUUGCCAAGAUAUUCAUUAUCCUACAGAAACUAUGCUGUCCCAGGAAACACUUCCACUCAAGAUUCAGGGUUGGAAAUCAGCAGAGGACCUGAUGCUGUUUUCUGAUGAUGAGCCAAAGCAGCUUCUACCAGCAGCACCUCCUUCCAUUGUCUCUCCAGUCACGUGCUUGUCAGAAACAGCAGAAGUUUGUACCCUUUUGGGUGCAGAUGCUGUGCCUACUCUCUCAGGAAAUAGUCCAUCUCUGCAGACAGAUGUGAGUUUGGACAAGAGAUCAGAUGGUACCCUUACAAAUACUCUAACAGAAAACCUCUUGGAAGCACCUUUAGAAAAGCAAUCAGCUGCAGAAGGUCUUAAAACAUUGACAAUUUUACCAGCAUAUUGGUCGUCAAGUAAAGAGGAGUUUAUCAGCCCCAACUUAAGGAUAUCACAGCCAGAUUCUACUUUCCAUAACCAGGCCUCUGUAGAAACACUCUAUCUCUCUUCUUCAUUCAAAAUAUUUGACCCAGUGAAGGAGACUGUAAUCAACAAGGCCUAUCAGAAACCAGCACAAGACAGUAUUAUUCAGAUGGAUGAUAAAAUUUUCAAGACAACCACACAGGUUUCAACUCCCUCUGAGGAAGCAUCUACCUUUUCUCCUUUAUCCAUGUCAUCUCCUGAUUUAGCCUCUCCGGAGAAGUCAGCUCAUCUCUUAUCCCCGAUUCUGGCCAGACCUUCCUUCUGGACUUUGUCACAUCAACAGAUGUCUUCUGCCUCCUUUAAAGAUAAAGACAAGUCGGCCAAGCUGCAUCACUCCUUUGCUUCUAGGGGCCCAGUGUCUCCUGAUGCAGGGGAAAAUGAUAACCUCAAUCUACUGGGAAUUCGUCCAAACAACUCUGAUUUUGCUAAAAAGAAUAUAAGUCCUAUUUCUAGUAGUCACCGGGGAGAGUUUUCCACCCCAAAUGCAGACUAUAUUUCUAGUAGUAAUUGGGGAGGGUUUUCUACCAGGAAUGUAGACCAUAUUUCUAGUAGUCACUGGGGAGAGUUUUCCACCCAAAAUGUAGACCAGUUCAUCCCUCUGUCCUGUUCUGGUUUUCAGUCAACCAAAGACUUCUCCAGGGAACUUGAAGCAAAGAAUUCCAUUAGUGUUCUUCUAAGGGAGGUAAAAAGUGCUUUAGCUAGAUUACAUGAAGAUCUGAGCACAGUGAUCCAAGAACUUAGUGUCAUCAACAGCCAUCUGAUGAGCAUGAGUUUGAAUAGUUCACAAAUGAGUCAGUCUUCACAGGUCCCCCAGUCUUCUGAGGGGAGUGCAGAUCAAAUCUAAUCGUUGCAGUAUCUAUUUUUGGUGGAACUCAUGUGGUUCCACUUCCCCAAGACUUAAGUUAACAUUGUAUACAUUCAUAUUACUAGGGCAAAAAGGGGGAUAGUUUAAUUUUUCCUUUUCAGGUUUAUUAACAAGUAUCUUUCAAACCAAUAAUUUCAUUUGGGUGAUUUUUUAAAAGGGAAAGAUGUCACCUUUAAUAAUUUCAGAGUUAGAUAUUAGUUCAUUUGAAACAUAAGAGAAUUUCAUUCUUUCAUGCUCUGUAUCUUAAUUGGGUUAAGCAUUAGUGAAAAUUGUGGUAAGACCUCAAACUGUAAACGACUAUUCAAGAGCAUCUGGCUGAGGAGACAGGAAGAAGCUCCUUAUCUGGCAACUAUAUGGGGCUUGUUAAGCCUCCAAGGUGACCCAGGAGAAUCAAGUUUGGGGUAUACAUUUCACAUGUUCUUUUGCGAGUUUUAGGUUCUGCAAACCAAGGGCCAGAAAUCUUCUUUCUUCCAGAUGCCAGUGUUGGGAGUUAAAUGGAAACAAGCAGGACAUGAAACAAGCGUUUUUAUUGUCAAUGUAUAUUGCAAAGUGAAUUCAAAUGCAUACUUUUUAUUCUAUUUCAGAAAAUAAAUUUGAUAUUUUUCAUCUUA